UUAACCACUCAGCUACACGUUCAGUCUCAAAACGACGUCAGUCAGUAAUAUUUUAGUUGUUAAACGGAGAAACAAGCGCGUUAUUGUGUGGGUCGCUCUUCGUUCAACAUUUGUUGUGAUUUAGUUUUUCUGUCUUUUGAAUUAUUACUUUAUUACCUACCGUUGUCGACGUUUCGUUUUGAGGAUUGUUGUUUGAAAAAAGGCAACAACAAGAAAAUAAAAGUAGAAACAACUCAACAAUCCAUAGAGAAGCUAUCAAGUGAAAUUUUUUCUACUUACCUUUCAAAAAUAAGUGAAAAAAUUUAAUAUAAUAUUUAGAAAAUUCAACAACCAAUCGAAAAGGGAAAGAAGAAAAAAAUGAGUGAUACAAAAAUGAAUAACGGUAAUACAGAGGCGGUGGUCAAUGGCCAGAAGGAACCUAACAAGGAAAUUCGUGUAUGGUGUGAUGGAUGCUAUGACAUGGUCCAUUUCGGUCAUGCCAACUCAUUGCGACAAGCCAAAGCCCUUGGUGAUAAAGUCAUUGUUGGCAUACACACCGAUGAGGAGAUAACCAAACACAAGGGACCACCCGUAUUUACCGAAGAGGAACGUGUCAAAAUGGUAAAAGGCAUCAAAUGGGUGGAUGAAGUCGUCUUAGGGGCACCCUAUGUAACAACAUUGGAGGUUUUGGAUGAACACAAUUGUGACUUUUGUGUGCAUGGAGAUGAUAUUACAAUGACCGCAGAGGGUGUUGACACAUAUCACUUGGUAAAGAAGGCCAAUAGAUAUAAGGAAGUUAAACGUACAGCAGGCGUCUCAACAACAGAUUUAGUCGGUCGCAUGUUGUUAUUAACCAAAAAUCAUUUCCAUCAGGGUUCAGCCGAAUAUGCCAUCGAAAAAGAAGAUAAAGUUUUAUUUGACAAUGUCAUGAAUAAAACAAUAUCAAAAUGCAAAUUAUUAUUGUCAGGUUCAUCGAAUAUGGGUCAAGAUUCAUCUGCCAAAUCACCAUGGACCGGUUGCAGUCAGUUCCUGCCCACCACACAAAAGAUCAUACAGUUCAGUGAUGGCAAAGCCCCCAAACCAGGCGAUAAAAUUGUCUAUGUUGCCGGUGCCUUCGAUCUAUUCCAUGUUGGCCACUUGGACUUUUUGGAAAAGGCCAAGGAAUUAGGCGAUUAUUUAAUUGUCGGUCUCCACACAGAUCCGGUUGUGAAUUCCUACAAGGGUAGCAAUUAUCCCAUUAUGAAUCUACAUGAACGUGUAUUGAGCGUUUUAGCCUGCAAGUAUGUCAAUGAAGUGGUUAUUGGCGCUCCCUACUGUGUGACCGAAGAUCUCUUGGAUCAUUUCAAAGUGGAUGUUGUGUGUCAUGGUCAGACACCCAUUGCCUUAGAGGAUGGCAAAAUUGAUCCUUAUGCCAUACCAAAGACACGAGGCAUUUUCUGCCUUAUUGAUUCGUCGAACACAAUGACCACAGAACGUAUUGUGGAGCGUAUCAUUUCACAUCGCCUCGAAUAUGAGAGACGCAACAAAGCCAAAGAGAAGAAGGAGGUUGAGGCCUUUGAGGCGCUGCAACGUGCCAAGCUGACACAAAAGGCUGGCUAAUAAUCUAGAUAGCCAAGCUAUAGCUACGUAGGAUAUGAGGACAAUGAAGCCAUACAGAAAAUCUCUUAAUUUUUUUUUAAAUUACACAUUUUGAAAUCGAAAUGCCACACCUGCCGCCUGCGCCCAACAAGGAGAAACCAAAAAACUUCUCGAUAUAAACUAGAAGGAGUUUCAACAACCAACAGACAUGGCUCCAUUUUCUUCAGCAACAUCCAACAUUUGUUUGAAAAGAGAAUUUCAUGUAAUUUUAUAGUUAUUUUUUAAGUUUAUUUUUUAAUUAUUGGUUUUUAAAUUUAGAAUUGGUUUUCUUUUUUUUUUAUUUUUGUUAAUUCAUAUUUGUUUAGAUUUGCAAUAGCAGCGAUAUUCAUUCUCCAUAUUAAUAGCUGUAACAACAAAAAAUUGCCUUAUGUUUGUUAGAAUAUUAUCGCAUGCGAUAAAUUUUUAUUUUCUAAUCCAACAUGCGAUAUUUUUAAUUUUAAUAUUACAUGAGAUAUUUUUAUUUAUUUUGUUUUUUUCCAAAUUAUCUAUUUUGUGUAGUUGUUUUUUUUUUCAAAAUUUUCAUUUUGUUAAUCACUCUUUGUUUAUAAAGAGUUUAGAAGACAUAGAAAUACAAACUCCUGUCAACAAACAGAAAUUAGACACAUUUUUGUGUCUCCACCCCCCUAAUAAAUAUAUGAUAUAAUGAAAUAUAUAUUUUUAGUUAGAAAUUUUAUAUAUGUAUAAGCUCUUGUAUAAGAUAUCUUAUUCUAACUAAAUCGUAUGUAGCUACUGUUUGUUAUGUAUUUUUCAAAAGAUAAAACAAAACAGAAAUUUUUACAAAAUUAAUCAAAAUUAUAUUGAUAACGAAAUACAUUUCUAGAGGAGGAAAUUAAUUAAU